AUGAGCGGCGCAUCCGGCGAAGACCCGCGCGAGGCCCUCGAAAAGGAGGUCGCAGACCUGGAAGCGCGCCUGCACGAGGCGAAACAGCGGCUGGCCAGCCAGGACGGAGUCCGGCCCCAACCCGACGACGACGGCGCCUUGCCGCACCAUGUGCGCCAGGCCGUCCCAUCAUCCCCAGCCCUAGGCUCCGCCCAGCACUACCUGCUACUGCUGUCGGACUCGGCCCUGCCGCUGGGCUCGUUCGCCUUCUCGUCGGGCCUGGAGUCGUACAAGACGCACAUGGCGCGCGGGCCGGCUGCCGCCGGCGCGGCCUCCUUCACCACGUUCCUGCCCCGCUCGCUGUCGUCCUACGCGUCCACGACGCUGCCCUUCGUGCUGGCGGCGCACCGCGACCCAGCGCUGGUCGCGGACCUGGACGACGCGUACGACGCGGCCGUCAUCUGCACCGUCGGGCGGCGCGCCUCGGUCGCGCAGGGCCGCGCGCUGCUCGGCGUCUGGGAGAAGAGCUUCGCGCCGGCAGCGGGCGCGGCGGAGCGCGCCGUGAUCUCGGACCUGCGGCGUGGCAUGGCGGCGUCGUCGUCCUCCUCCUCCUCGGGGGUGAAUGGCAUCGGCGGUGACGACCUGGCGUUGCCGGGCUACUCGGCGCACCUGGCGCCGCUGUUCGGCGCCGUGUGCCGUCUGCUGGGUAUGACGCUGCACCAGACGGCGUACGUCUUCAUGCUGUCGCACGUCAAGGCGCUCGUGUCGGCCGGCGUGCGAGCGGCCAUGAUGGGCCCGUACGUGGCACAGCGGAUUCUGGCGAGCGGCGAGGUGCAGGACAUGAUCACGGCCAUGAUCGAGCGAGAAUGGGACACUAAGGUCGAGGAGGCUGGGCAGAGUGUGCCAGUCAUGGAUUUAUGGGUUGGCCGGCACGAGAUGCUAUAUUCCAGGAUAUUUAAUAGCUAA